AUGUUUUGCUCCGGAGACCGCGAGAAAGCUGCCGCAAUGGAGGAGAAGUGGGACUAUGUGAACCUCGACGACUUCAAAUCCGAGUCUUGCUGGACUCCCUUCUCGUACUUCUUCCUAUGGGUAUUCCUUAUUAUAUCCCUCGCCGUCUACGGUGUCGACGUCUUCACUGCAGUCAAUCUGCUCGCCUUCUCGCGAUGGGCUGGCCGAGUUGAGCCCGCCAUUCCGUUCCAUAUCUCGCGAUGGAUCUUUGCCGCGUGCAUUAUCGCUUCGUUCGUUAUCUUGGUCUACCGAUGGAUCCAUGCCGUUCGGGCUAUGCGCUCCGGUAGUAUUACUCGCAGUUUCCUUGACCCGCUUGCCGUUCGUAUACAGAGUUUCCGGCUUGGCAAGCAGGGUCGUGGAUGGAGGAGAUUCCUUGUCUUUGCGGAAUUGACCAAGGACAGGAAGGCAGCUGAAUAUGUUGCUCUCUAUGCGCACUUUUCUUUUCAAUUCUGGAUGAACACCGUCUUUGCGGAUGGUCCACGUCAAGUCAUCAAUGCUAUCACACUCUACUCGGUCAUGCAGAUGGAUCUUCUCCCUGGCGGCGAAAACGCAGCAAAGGAUGAUGGCAGCUCUGGGGCCUCACAAUUCUUCAACAAUAUCAAGAUCCUAGCUGAAGACAACAACCUUCAGGCUGUGGUCCUGUUCGGUAUGCUGUUCACACUGGUCAUCUGGGUGCUCUCCGUCCUGAAAUUGAUCUCGGCAAUCGUACUCUACCUGAUCUUCCUGUUUCAUCAUAUCCCAGCCGAGGACGGUACUCUUUCAACAUACUGCCGUCGCAAGGUUGGUCAGCGUCUGAAGCGUAUCGUGCAUCGCAAGAACAACAAGGCACUGGCAAAGGGGCUCAAAUUGCAGAACCGGACCCCUACCCAGCCCAGUCUGAUGAGCUCCGAUUCGAAACCGACUCUGCCGUCUAUAGCUGGCGACAAGGCACCCGCCUUCUCUGUGACUACCCUAUCGCGGAGCACCACUGCAACAACCUUGCCGCCUUAUACCCGAUCGAACUCGGCAGCAACCCCGGAACAGUACCCAACACUGCCAAACUUGGACUUCGACACCAAACCACCCCUAGUCCGAAGCACAACCCAGUCUUCGGCGAUGUCGGAAUCAGCUUCCCUGACAGGCAACGCAGCAACAAUGGGUUACAGCCCCCUCGACCGGCAAAACUCACCGGCUCCCCCAGUCCCCCCAUUGCCAUCCAACGUCCCACCAAGACAGAACACACCCCACUCUCGCCCAUACCAGGCGUUCACCCCAGCACCAGACUACACUUCACCGGACGCCACGCAGUCAGACGAUUACUUCCACCGCUCGCACACACCCGCGCACUACGACCCCUACGGUCCGUCACGAGACAUCUACGCCGAAGACAACUACGAAGCGCACGAGUCACCAUACUACGCGCAGGAUCCAUACUCCGCACGAUCAUAUACGCCAGCCAGCACCGGCUCAACACCCGCUCCAUACGGACGCUCCAUGACUCCGGCAAGUUACCGUGCAACACCACCACCCCAAACACAGACACCCGUCCAGCCUCCAUCACGGACAUACACGCCCAUGACCUCGGCAACCCCUGCACCCCAAAACGGCGGCUACGCAGCCUUUAACCCACCAAUGCCUAGUCAGACCCCCCAGCCCCAGAAUCGCACUCAGAGGCCUCCCGCGCUUGCUGGGUAUAACUUCAACCGGGCGAACACUGCGUCGCCGUCUGCUAUGCACCGGGCUCCGCCUGGACAUUCUUUUAACCGAUCCAAUACCCAUCAGUAUUGA